UAGCACAAAAAUGGAAAAAAAAAAAAAAAUUUGUAUCUUGAUUCUUCUGUAGCAUUAUUAGGGGCUAUGUUGUAUGGGUUCCAGGAGAAAAUGUUAUUAAUGGGUUUUUUCUUUUUGUUUUGAAGAACCUAACCAUUGUAUCUGUAUGGAUUUAAAGCGUCAGCAAUUUUGGACAAGGUCAACAGUUUGUCAAAAGUGUGGUGACUGUGGCUAUGUCGAGGCUCUGACUUACUGCAGUAUUUGCCGGGUUAGUGCUGAACAUCGUUACUGCUUUGAUUCAUUACCAAAGGUACUGAAUGAAGAUAUUGUUUGGGUUUGCCAAGAUUGUAGUUCUAGUGUUUGUGAAAGUUCUAGUCCUGUCAACUCUCGCCUUACCCCAGAGGUGAACAAUGCAAAUCUACACUUCAAGACUCAAGCCAUUCAAUCUAAACCUAAAAGGUUACCCAUUGAAGUUGAAAAAGGAUUCAAAGGGACUCAUUCCUUGCAAUCUGAAGAAGUAUGCGGAGUAUUUGAGCUUACCAAAUCUGUUCUACUGGAUGAAGAGAAUAGUUUGCCACUCAAGGAACCUCAGCAUAACUUGUAUGUCCCUGCACAGCCGAUUCUUGAUCCUAUUUGGAGGGGAAGUAUGAUUAUCCAAAACAGAAAUUGGACAUUGGAUGGACUAGUGGCUCAUUUAUCAACCCUAGCAUGCCUGAACGUUAGCAAUGCAACAAGCUCGUUGCCUGACUCGCUUCCCUUGGAAAUUCUUCCCAGACUACUUGUGUGGCCUUUAAAGUUUGGCAGUACAACACCACAAGAUGGUGAUAUUGGACUUUACUUCUUUCCAGAAAAAGAGAGUGAUGAGAAAGCUUUUGAUAAGCUGUUAGAUGAUAUGAUCUUGAAAGACCUUGCAGUGAAAGCUUCAUUUGACAAUGCUGAUCUUUUGAUCUUCACUUCUCGUCAGCUACCUUUGCAACACUGGAGAUUUCAAAGAAAGUAUUUUUUGUGGGGUUUGUUUAGCAGAGAGAAGUUGUCCAAAUCAGCCCGAAAAGUAUUUCCUUGUUCAGGAUAGUUUCUUCUUCUCUUACUUUCAAACUCCAGAAUAUUAUGUGUGCAAUGGAAAGCAUAUAUAUAUGCCUCAUUAAAUGAUUAAAAAAAAUGUAAUUUCUUUGAUGUAAGUGUUAGCUCUAGGUAUUUACUGAUGUCUUUAUAUAUUCUAUUAGAUGCUAUUGGUUGGUCAAGCCGAUAUAUGGUUCCUUCUAAAGCCAGCAGGGAUUCCAAAACCUGUACGGUUGAACUCUUUUAG